AGAAUCAUUCUGUCAAAAACAUUUAUUGAACUGAUAGGUUUAUUAAACCAAGAGGUCAUUUAAUUAUUGUUUAAGAAAUUAUUUUGGAAAUUAAAUUGAAAUUGAAGAUGGACGCCUUAACCUCAGGCUUCGUGGGGACGACGAUUUUUCUUGGGUUUCUAAUUGGAACGAAGAGAUGGCCAAUUUUUAGCAAGUCUAGAAGCCCAAUUCCUCCCGGGGUUAGGUCGGUCCCCUUGGUUGAAGGAGGGCUGCCCUUCAUUGGACACGGAAUCGCCUUUGCCAUCGAUAGUAUCGGCUUUGUGAGAAAGUGCUAUGCAAAAUAUGGCAAAGUUUUCAAAAUAAAAAUAUUUCGAUUUUCGAUGAUCCUCGUAUGCGAUCGAGAAUGUGCCGCAGAAUAUUUCAAGGCUGGCGAACACAAGUUUUCCUUCGUCGAUAUAUUAACGAUGCUCUACUUUGCUGAUGCCUUUUCAGACGUAGGAAUUCCAGUGACACGAUUACAAAAGCUUAUGCACAAAACGGUUGCCGUACGGGUUGACCGAUUCCUCCCAAAAAUAAAGGUUGAGGCGGAACGAUGCAUAGCUCGUUUAGAAGAACAGGUCCAGACUUUUGCGGGAAAUCGGGAAAUAAAUUUUGCAAAGGACAUGGUCCGUUUUGUGAUGUCCACAAGCGUAAUGUGCUUCAUGGGGAUAGAACUGUCGGAUCGGGCAUUUGAAAAUAUGUACGAAUUCAACCAACUCGUCAACACCGUGGUGAGCUCAGCCUACUUUCUGCCACCUUGGUUGAUCAGGCUUAUCUUUGGCAGAAGGCUGGCAUCUUAUAGGAACAGAGUACUCAUAGAAUUUGAGCCAGAAAUUGAGAAAUACAGGGCAGAUCGGGGAAAAAAUGAGUCCAUCAUUUUGCGGGCCACUGUCGAUUCAUUCAACGAACUAACAGGAAAGCCACUCACUAACCGGGAAAUUGGUGAGAUAUUGCUCUGUCUGUUGUUCGUCAGCUCGGAAAAUACGGCGACCGGGCUUACACUCGCGAUCGUGAAUUUGGUCAAUCAUCCCGAACAUUGGGAUCGGGCUAGGGCAGAGAGUCGGAAAUUCUUGCGAAACGGAGAUGUCAAGGGGAUCAUGACUUCGGAAUAUUUGCACGCCUGUGUCAUGGAGAUGGCAAGACUGAAUUCGCAUAUGUUUGCAAUAUUGAGAAGACCGAGGGAAAAGAAUGUUCUGGGAGAAUUUUUCGUCGGUGAGGUUGACGCUGUUGGCAUGUGCGUACAAAUGAUGCAAGUUCAUGGUUCGGCGGAAGAGGUUUUCUCCGACCCGACAACCUACAAGCCGGACCGUUUUCUGGGAGGUGUGGAUGGCUUAGGAGACAAGGAACCGAUGGGUCGCAAGAUAUUAUGACGUGGGGGUCAGGUCUUCAUCUUUGCCCUGGACGAACAUUUGCCCUGUACGAGAUCAAGAUGGCGCUAGCUUAUUUCAUUGAUAAAUUUAACCUUGAAAUUGUCUCAUCUUCAUCAUUGAAUUUCUUUUCACCAUUAGCGUUUGGAAAAAUGGAGGUGAAUGUUAGUUUGAGCUUGAUGGAUAAUGACCAAAUAGCAGAAUAAAUAUAUAAAUUAUUUAGUAGGAA